GAAUUACCUUGCCGUACUGCCACUGACGAAUAGCGUUCAGUCGAGACCGAGCUCAUCCGCGAUACAGUUGCUUUUCGCAUUCAAUAGACAAAAUGGCUGAUGUUCCAAAGCGUGAAGUUGAAAAUGUCGAAUUCGUUUUCGAAGUUAUGGGCUCACCCGGUGAGGGCAUUGAUGCCUUCGAUCUAGGCGAUGCUCUGCGCGCUCUGAACUUGAACCCCACCCUGGCUCUGAUCGAGAAAAUGGGUGGCACCAAGAAGCGCAACGAGAAGAAGAUCAAAUUGGACGAAUUCCUGCCCAUCUACUCGCAAGUGAAGAAGGAGAAGGAGCAGGGCUGCUAUGAGGAUUUCAUUGAGUGCUUGAAGCUGUACGACAAGGAGGAGAACGGCACCAUGCUGCUCGCUGAAUUGCAGCACGCUCUGCUGGCACUUGGUGAGUCCCUGGAUGAUGAACAAGUGGAGAAUCUGUUCGCCGACUGCAUGGAUCCCGAGGAUGAUGAGGGCUUCAUCCCCUAUUCUCAGUUCAUCCAGCGCUUGAUGAGCGAUCCCGUGGUCUUCGACUAAACACAUUCCUUGCAAGAAUGUGUGACAGACCAGAUGCGCUAUAAAUAAAUAAAUAACAACAACAACAACAACAACAACAAGAACACCAAACAACAAAUUUAUAGCAAACAGCCAUUCUCCAUAGAUGUUAUAUUCAUCGCUAACUCUCUCUAUCUCUCUCUCGUAUAUUAUUUUAAUUAAAUUUUACUUCUGCUACUACAACUGCAAAAUUGAA